AUGCUAAAGAUACCAGAUACUAAUACCAAUAAAACUAACACCAAGGACGAAACUUCAUUGAAACCGUUAGUAGAUAGGAUCGUUUCUAAUCCAGUGCCGUUUAUAAUUUCUAAAACACCAGAUACAGUCGAUAUUAAACCAUCCUCAUAUUUGAUUAUAUCUAAAAUCAAUAGCACAAAUAGCAACAAAAGAAAAAAGGAUAAUCUUGAUACAUUAGACAAUAAUAACAUGGACAGAGAGACCAAUAAUUAUUCUGAAUCUAAGUCUGAAAAGAAAAGAAAAUUGCCUAGUAGUUUACAAGAAGCAAUUGGAUUAUAUGUUUCAGCAGGCAACAAUGAUAACAAAACCAACAAUAAGGCUACCAAGAAAAUAAAGAAACAGACAACAAGUAAUACUGGAAUAAUUAAUGACGAUGAUGCUUAUGUUGAGUUGAGCGAUGAAUUCUAUAGUCCUAUCAAAGGCGAACAAAAUGACAACAACAAUGAAGAUGAUUUUGAUGUUGAAGGGGAAGACUUGUUCAAAAAAACUUUGACAAAAAUGGAUCAAAGUUUUGAUAAAUCUGUGGAAAAGUUUAUAGGUGCAAAAAUUGAUUUAAAUACCGAUAAUAUAAAAGAAAACAACCAACAGGAAAUAGACGACUUUCCAGCUAAGAAUAAUAAAGAUAUUGAUGAAGGUGUUCAGAAAAUUUUUGGUACUAUUAAGGAUGCUGCCACUCAUAUAAAUAAUGAUAAUGAAAUCAAAAUUAAAGACCCAACUAGCAUUAGUAUUAGCGAAGAGUUUGAUUUUGAAAUGGAGGGUUUACCAUUGACAAAAAAAUCUACUAAAAGCAAAAAGAGUAGCAAUAAUAAUGAUAAAAAUAACAACAACAACAAGAAUAUUAACAAUACUGGUAUUACUAUUACUGAUAGGAUUAAUACCUCGUCAUCUUCUGAUUCUGAUUAUAAAUCAGCACAAGAAAGUGCUACUAAAUAUGAAAAUGAUGAAACUUAUUACGAAGAUCAAGAUAGCGAAAGCAGUGACAAUACCAGUAAUAAUAACGUUAUACAUAAUGGGAGUAUUUUUGCUUCACAUGAUUCAAAAUCACCCACGUUAUCUUCAGAUAUGAAUCUAUCUAUCGAUGAAAGUGAAGAAUUGCAUAAAAAAACCUUAGAAUAUUUAGAAAAAAAAGCAGAAGAAGAAGAUGAAGAUGAAGAAGAUAACGAUGAAGAAUAUGAAGAAGCUAAAGGAAGAGAAGAACACGAAGAGAAAGAAGAAGAAGAAGAAGAGGAAGAAGAUGAUGAUGAGGAUGAUGAUGAUGAUGAAAAAGAAGAAGAAGAAAAAGAUGAUGAUGAUGAUGAUGAUGGCGAAGACGAUGAUGAUGAAGAUGAUGACGAACAAAAAGAAAAAAAAAAAAAAAAAAGUAAAGAAAAAAGUAAAGAAAAAAAAGAUCACCCACAACAACCUAAAAAACUUAAUGAAAGCUCAUCAUCCCCAUCAGUAAAAUCUCCACAAGUCAUUUCACAUAAGGCAGUGGAACUUUCUGAUGUAUACAGAUUUUGUGAGGACCCUAAUGAUAAAGGAUCAAACCCACCAAGAAGAAUUAUCAAGAAUUGGGACAAUGUUUUUAAAAAAUUGAAACCGAUGGGCUUAUUGAACCAUGGUGUAACUUGCUACACCAAUGCUGCUGUCCAAGCUUUAUUACAUAUCCCUGCUAUUGAAUACUAUCUUUUGGAUGUUUUAAAAGGGGUUUAUAAGGACACCAUUAAAAAAGAUUCGGUUACUCAAAUCUUAGCUGAAACUAGUAAAAGACUUUGGUUGGAUGGUUACAACAAUGUAAAUGUCAAUAAUAUUGAUCACAUUGACGGUAAUAAUAUCUCUCUAAACAAGAAAGCCUCCAAAGGCUAUUUCAAUCCCAAAAAAUUAAUUAAUAGAUUGGAGGAUAUUAAUUGCAUGAUGAGUGUCUGGCAGCAAGAAGAUUCUCACGAAUAUUUUAUGUCUUUGAUGAGUAGAUUACAAGAAGAUAGUGUUCCUAAAGGUCACAAAAUGGUUGAAAGUAUUAUUUAUGAUAUUUUCGGUGGAAUGUUGAAGCAAAAAGUUUUAUGCAAAUCUUGUCAGGCAAUUUCGACCACUGAGCAAUUAUUUUAUGAUUUAUCUUUGAACUUGAAAAAAGAAAAAAAAAAUUAUAGUGUAUCAAACUUGAACCAAGAUACUAGUGCCGCUACUUCUGCCACUGAUACCAAUAACAAUAUUCUUACCACUACUACUGGGAGUGACGAGACAGCAACAAAGUCCCAUAAUACAAGACAUUUUUCAAGCAAAGUAAAUAAUGACGCAAUUGAUGUUACUUCUGAUACUAUGAAUAAUCACAACGCUAGUUCUACUAAUACAAAUGAAAAUAGUAUCAACAGUACAAAUAACGGCCCAGUUGGAUACAGCAAUGGAAAUUCAACAUACGGUAAGAAUUAUAGUGUUGAAAAGGCCAUUAGUGAUUUCUUCCAACCAGAGUUAAUUAAAAAUGAAAAAGAUAAUAAUGGAUAUGUUUGUGAGAAAUGUGGUAAAAGGACACAUGCGCUUAAAACCAAUACUAUUAUGAGAGCCCCAGAAACUUUGGUUGUGCAUUUAAAAAGAUUUAGAUUUGAUGGUGUUCAAUCGUCCAAAAUGAAACAAGGUAUUGCUUAUCAAAGUUUAUUAGAUUUAUCCUCAUACAUGGACAAGAACGAGACAACGAGCAAAACCAAUGAGCCUGUUAAAUAUCAGUUGAUUGGAGUUGUUGUUCAUGAAGGCAGAUCCUUAAGUUCUGGUCAUUAUGUAGCUCAUUGCAAACAACCAGAUGGAAGUUGGGCUACUUAUGACGAUGAAUAUAUUAACAAGAUCACGGAAAAACAGGUUUUGGCUGAACCAAAUGCUUAUUAUCUGAUUUAUACUAGACUGACUCCGAAAAGUGUAAAAACUAAAGAAGAAGACGAAUAUGCUAACAAUGAAAAUGAUGAGGCAAACCACCAAAAAACUUUGGCAAAUAAUCUAAAACGUAAAAGAGAUUUUGAUAAAAAGAAUAACAAAAAACAUUACAGCAAUAAUAAAAAAAAGCAAAAAAACAAAAAAAACAUCAAUAAGCAUAAAAGACGUAGUUAUUAA